GUCGUGAGUACCCUGACCUCGCCUGCGAUCGUGUCAUUCAAGACGCUGGGUGCGGACUGGACAGUGGAGGCGCUGUUGGACGCCGUGGCCGAAGCGGCUUGCCGCGGUGAAUGCCAAGCACUCAUCGACACUGGAGCACUCGUCACAGGUUUGACCAACAAGGAGGUUGCAGAGCAUCUUCUGGGACUCAAAAAGCGCGCGGACGGCUCCAUGCCCAUCACUCUGCCGGAUUGGAUUGAGGGUGUCGUCUUCAUCGAGGAGGAUGGCGCAAAGCGAAUCCUGAACCGGCAGUCUCGCGAGGUCGGCAAACUGGCGGACAGCGGAGUUCCCAUCUCGGCAAGAUUCUGCUUCUACGACCAGAUCCACACCACAGGCAUGGAUAUCCAACAUCGCUUAGACGCUGUGGCGGCUCUUACCUUGGGCAAAGACAUGGUUUGGCGUGACUUUGCGCAGGGUGCAUACAGGAUGCGUGGCAUCGGUCGUGGGCAGAGCAUCUGUCUCUACAUCAUCCCAGAGAUUGAGCAGCUAAUUUCGCGGGACAUUGGUCUGGCACAUCUGCCUCAGUUGCCUGGGUUUGCCUCCCUGGGCAACCGACACAAGGGUGUUCUGGAUGCAGUGGCCUGCUGGCUGCUGUGCCAGUCUAUGCGAACGGAGAAGGUGCAAUACGCCAUGUUGCAGCUGCAGAACUUGGCCAACAUUUGGCGAAGGAGUUCGCUCACCGCGGUCAUGGAAGAUUACGAGGCAAUGGCUGGCAUGAAACCAGAAACCCUGGCAAGGGUCCAAGUCUACAAGGAGCCCAUCGAUUUCAAGGUGCCGUCGCAUGCUUUGCAAUUGGACACUAUCGGAGCGGCGGCCGAAAGGAGGAUAGCAGAUGCACAGCGCUUCGUCCAAGACGCAGACAGGCCGGAGCUCGAGGAGAUUCGGGGCAACAUGCGACGUCUCGCAGAGGCUGGCGGUGAGACCGAGGAGACGCAAGGAGAGCGUGGACUGGAGACGGAGCAGCAGCGAGAGCAGGAGCAGGAACGCCAGCAGGAGGUCGAAGAGGAGGGCCAACGAGAGCAGGAGAUUCAGAUCGAAAAGUUCGUGGACCUUAUGCACUGUCGUGAUCAUGAAGAGCCGGUACCUUGGGACGUGGACACACUGGCAGUGCCGGCCGAGACGCCAAUCCCGAAGCAGUUCUACGAGGCCCGCGACUUCCGCCUCUGGAAGAGACAGCCGCUGAAGUCCCUGCCGCAGGAGUGCCUGCUGUCCCGGAAUUGGUUCGAUCCCCAAUGGAGCGGCUUCAGACGUGUGAAGAAUGUCUUCAUGCAGCUGGAGUGGGUCUCGGACAAGAGCCGCUUGCGGCGGGCCAAACAUGAGUUGCCGCUGAAUCGCGUGGAGGAGCACGAGAUGCACCGGAAGCUGCACCUGGUGCGCUGGGGCAGAUUUGUCCAAGUCCCGCUCCCUAAGCCAAAAUCCGCCUCUAUCAUGAUGGCUAUUUUUCAUAGUUGCCCGUGUGAUUUCUUCUUUACCUUGAGUCUUCACCCCUACAUCUACUUUGUCAAAAGCCGAGGGCUCAUUCCCCAGGCCCCAAACUCAAACAAGACUCGAAGUCUGAUUGACGUGAGAACACAAAUGUAG